CCGAGACCCUCGCCGCCAUGAGGUGGCUCUGUGUGGUUCGAUCUGUAGGUCGAUCGGCGCUACCGUCCGAGCCUCUUCCCUCCGCACGCCGACAACGAGGAGUCUCCGUUCGUGUCUUGGUCUGCCGGUGACUGCCUCCCGCCACCCACGCCACCGGCUCUCCUCUAUUCCUGCCCGGUUGUCAGGAGAAUUGGGGUGCGUCCAGCUUCUUCUUCCUUUGCAGGCGCUGGAUACGGCUCCACGCCUCACGUCUCGUCUGUCCCUUAGCAUGAGAACGUGUUGCCAGUUCUCCACGGCACAACCUGUUGUUGAUGGAAUAUUGUGGAUCUGAGUUUGGCCAGUUUCAUCUUUGGGGCAUAAUCCAUUCCAUAGGGAAAUAUGUCGGGUUAGGUGAGCAAUAGGGUCCUUGCAAAUGAGCCAACCUUCUGUAAUUCUUGCCACGGCAAGCUAUGAUCACACUAUCAGAUUCUGGGAGGCCAAAAGUGGGCGCUGUUAUCGCACCAUUCAAUACCCAGAUUCUCAGGUCAAUAGGCUUGAGAUAACACCUGACAAAAGAUACUUAGCUGCUGCUGGCAAUCCCAACAUCCGCCUUUUCGAUGUUAACUCUAAUAGUCCACAUCCAGUUUCCAGCUAUGAAUCACAUACUAAUAACGUUAUGGCAGUGGGUUUUCAAUGUGAUGGAAAUUGGAUGUAUUCAGGGUCUGAAGAUGGUACAGUGAAGAUAUGGGAUUUGAGAACUGCAACUUGCCAACGAGAAUAUGAAAGCCGUGCAGCGGUUAAUACAGUCGUUCUGCACCCAAAUCAAAAGGAACUAAUAUCUGGUGAUCAAAAUGGUAACAUUAGAGUAUGGGAUCUCGCUGCAAAUUCAUGCAGCUGUGAGUUAGUUCCAGAGGUUGAUACAGCUGUAAGGUCUCUGACUGUGAUGUGGGAUGGAAGCAUGGUUGUUGCUGCAAAUAAUCAUGGAACAUGUUAUGUCUGGCGCUUACUAAAAGGAACUCAGACAAUGACCUACUUUGAACCACUGCAUAAAUUACAAGCACAUAAUGGCUAUAUCUUGAAGUGUCUGCUUUCUCCAGAAUUUUGUGAUCCCAAUCGGUAUCUUGCUACUGCUGCAUCUGAUCACACUGUAAAAAUAUGGAAUGUAGAUGGCUUUACCUUGGAGAAGACUUUAACAGGACAUCAGCGCUGGGUAUGGGAUUGCGUUUUCUCUGUUGAUGGUGCUUAUCUGAUAACAGCUUCAUCCGAUACAACUGCAAGACUUUGGUCGAUGUCCACCGGAGAAACCGUCAGGGUCUACCAAGGUCAUCACAAAGCAACAAUCUGCUGUGCUCUUCAUGACGGUGCUGAAUCAACUCCGACCUGAGUAGUGUUUAUUACUUAAAGUGGUGCUCUUCAGGAUGGUAUUUCUGUCUUUGUGAGUUUAUUUAAGGAGUUUGAAGUCGACAACUAUCCUAGGGACAAUUUUUAUGAUACUUCAUUCCCAGGCAACCAAGUUAUGGUUACAGGAUUA